GUGUAGUGUUUUGUGGAAAACGAAAACGCCAACUUAACAAGGAGUUAUCAAGGGCUGCUGUGGAAGUCAUUUGAAUCCUUCCCCUGCCUCAAGACCACACCGUGGACCUGGUGCGCUGAUCCAAGUGCGUAAAGUAUGGAUACAAACACGGACGAGGUGAGGAAACGUUUAAUAGAAACGUUCAGGCCGCAGCUGAAAAACCUCAUCAAAACAGAGCAGGUUGUCCAUCGUAUUCACUUUCUAACCGAGGAGCAAAAAGAGCAGAUACUACACCAAAAUGGAGAUUUGAGAGCUGCGGACAGACUCAUCACUGAAGUCCUGAAGGCGCAACACGAGCCCGGCUGGUUCCGUGUGUUUGUGGACGCACUGGAGCAGGGAGGAUGUGAACGAGCGGCUAAGUACGCAGAGGGACAGAUCCCCAGUGCAGAGCAGGAGGCAGACAAUGAUCUGUACGUGGAGCUCAUCAGGAUCCUCUUCCCCAGUCUGCUGGACAAAAUGGAUGCUGCAGAUGUUUGCGUGCACUGUUAUUCUUCUAAACUUAUUACAGACGCAGAUAAGGACAUAAUUAAUGCAGAAGCUGAACCAAGGAAUAAAGCCUCCAAACUUCUGGGGAGAAUCGUCAAGGGUCCUGAAGGAUGGUUCUCUACGUUCCUCAAUAUUCUCCGUCAAACUGAACACAAUGAGCUGUACAAGCUGCUCUCAGGACAGUCUGUAAAUGAACAACACGCUGAGAAGGACCCCUCACACAGAGAUGAGCCCACAGGAAAUGAAUGUCCCGCUCCGAGCCCUGCCAAAGAUGUCGACUCAACUCGGGACAGUCCUGAGGAAUCAACAGAUUUGUACAAAGCUGAAAAUGCUGAAUUGGAGGAUCCCACGAGCAGCGCUGAAGCUCCCAAAGAAGGAGUUUUGCACAAAGCUGAAAAUGCUGAACUGGAGCAACCUCCCAAAGAAGACGAUGAGUGUGACUCAAGAGCAGAGGCCGGUGAAUCACCGAAGAAGCAGAUUGUUCUUCGGGAUUAUCAGAUGGAAGUGGCCCGGCCUGCUCUGGAGGGGAAAAACAUCAUCGUGUGUCUUCCCACGGGCAGCGGCAAAACCCGAGUGGCCGUGUACAUCACCAAAGAACAUCUAGACCAGAGGAAGAAGCAGGGGCUCCCGGCCAAAGUCAUAGUCCUGGUCAAUAAGGUGCCUUUGGUGGAGCAGCUCUAUUCUGAGGAGUUUCUCAAAUUCCUGAAGCCCACGUACAAAGUGGAGAGAGUCAGUGGAAACUCAGAGCUGAAGAUCUCUUUCCCAGAGAUCGUGAAGAGGUACGACGUGGUGGUGUGUACGGCGCAGAUACUGGAGAACUCUUUAGAGAGGGCAGUGAGCGGAGAGGACGAAGGAGUGCAUUUAAGUGACCUGUCAUUGAUCGUGAUAGAUGAGUGCCACCACACACAGAAAGGCGGCGUGUACAACCACAUCAUGAUGCGUUUCCUCACUCAAAAGCACAAGAACAAGAGGCUGGAGAAGGAGCGAAAGAAGACCAAGCCCCUCCCUCAGAUCCUGGGCCUGACCGCUUCACCGGGAGUGGGCGGGGCUACAAAGAUGUCCAAGACCGAGGAGCACAUACUACGAAUCUGUGCUAACUUGGAUGCCUCCACCAUCAUGACCGCUAAUCUGGGCCAGUACAGAAAAGAAUCAGAGAAAAAAGUUGAAUCCAUUGAAGCUCGAAAGGCGGAUCCUUUUGGUGAUGUCAUCAAGAAAAUAAUGAAUGAGAUCCAUGAACAUGCAGGACUGAACCCUGGCCAUGAGUGCGGAUCUCAAACCUACGAGCAGUGGGUGGUUCAGACGGAGAGAGAUGCGGUCAAAGAAGGCAACGAGAAUGUGCGUGACUGUGUGGACCACCUUAAACAGUACAACACCGGGCUGCAGAUGAGCAACACAAUCAGAAUGUGCGAUGCCUUCAGCUUCCUCAACUCCUUUUACGAAGAUGAGAAGAAAAAGAAGACUUCUCCAGAUGGGGAAGCUAUCAACACCACUGACACUGAGAGAUUCCUCUUCACCCUGUUUGAAGGUAACAAAGACAAGCUAAUGGAGCUUGCUAAAAAUCCCGAGUAUGAGAACUCCAGUCUUUCCAAGCUCCGGACCACAAUCCUUCAGGAGUUCACCCGCAGAAACAAUGCCAGAGGGAUCAUUUUUACCAAGACACGCCGCAGCGCUAUUGCCCUGGCACAGUGGGUACAGGACAACCCCAAGUUCGGUGACCUGAUAGUGAAUGCAGCCUAUCUGAUCGGCGGAGGAGACCAGAGUGAUGUGAAACCUAUGACAUCUGCAGAGCAAAAGGAUGUGUUGAAGAAGUUUGGGAACGGUGAGAUCAACUUGCUGAUAGCGACAACUGUGGCUGAAGAAGGCUUGGACAUCGCGGCGUGUAAUUUUGUCAUUCGAUACGGCCUCGUCACCAAUGAGAUCUCAAUGAUUCAGGCCCGUGGACGAGGACGAGCAGAAGACAGCACCUACACGCUGGUCGAGAUCGAAGGUUCCAACGUGGCCGAAAAAGAAACUGUGAAUGAAUAUCGUAUCAACAUGAUGAACAAAGCUAUCGCGAAGAUAAGAGGCUUAAACCCAAACGACUACGAAAAACGGAUACUGGAGUUUCAGAUCCAGGCCAUAAUGGAGACAAGACUGAGAGUGAAGAAAAGCAAACAAAAAGGCAUCAGCAACAGCAGCCCCUCUGAACUCAAAUUAAUCUGUCGGAAAUGUAACAUCGCCGUCUGCACCGGAGAUGACAUCGAAAUUAUUGAAAACAUGCAUCGAGUCAAUCUUUCACCGCAGUUUAGUAAACUUUUCAUGGUUAAAGAAAACAACACUCUUCGAGAAAGGCAUCUGGAUUAUGAGACCAAUGGUUCAAUCGCUUGCAAUGAAUGUGGGAAUCCGUGGGGUUCGAUGAUGCAUUACCGGGGGAUCGACUGCCCCUGUCUCCACGUGAAGAACUUUGCGGUGACGUUGAAUGGGAAAAAGAUAAGCAAGUGCGCCAAGUGGAGUGAGCUACCUGUCAAGUUCCGCGCCUUCGACUAUGCUCUCUAUGCUUCCCAACUGGCCUCCAACUCAGACGAGGAGGAUGAGGAGGAAGAAGAAGAAGAAAUUGAGUAAAGCUGACAAUGAGAUGUAAUGUCAAACUUUAUAACAUGUCCUUUAAAACUGAAAAUAUCGUAUUUUUCCAACACUGAUUUAAUUCAUGUAUCACGACAUGAAACUGAUGCUACAUGGAAAUUCCAAAAAAUAUUAGCCUAUCACAUUAACAUUAAAUGAUUAUAGUUAGAUUUUAAUUUAUUUCCAACUCUUAAAAGUGCCUAUUUUUUUUACCUAAUCUUCAAAUUAAGAUUAUGAAAGAUAAAUUAUGCAUUACCCAAUUUAGGAUUACAAAUUAGUCUUCUGUUUUACAUAUGUAGAUCUCAUGUUUACUCGACCUCUGGUGUUGUUGCCUUUGGUGGUUUCUAUGUUAUAAUGAACUAAACUGUUAAGGUGGUGGAGGUACUGAACUAAAUAAGAUUUGCUGCUGAAUUGGAGUGAAGGUGGACGCAUAAAACUACACUGGUGUUGCAAAGUUGUUGUAUUUUAGACACUUAUUUUAUUGUAUAGACACAUGCUGAAAGUAUAAAAUGUAACUGUGACUGAGUGGUGAUCAUGAAAAUAAACGUGGCCUCAGACCCUGG